CUCUGAGAUAGUGCGAGAACCGUACGGGCGGAUGGGCGGUAAAGAGCCUUGGGGCUGUCGGAUGCGCGAGGAUGCCGUCGUCAAAGUGUUUUUGUUGGUGAUGUUUGAGGCUACAUACCUACAGGGGCUGAUUUUUAACUGGGGGUUGUUGUCCUGUCAAGCGACACACGCCGCCGUCUGCUAUCAUUUCUCUCCUGCUUCCAUUCCUGGUCCACCAGCAUCAUCAUCAUCGUAUCCUUUUCGACUCAUCUUAGGAGGGGCGAGACGGCGACAGCUUCACUUUGUUGUGUCGUUGUUGACAGUCUUCAGCAUCUACCUAUCUCCACUGAUCCCUACGACAUCCCGUCUGCCUGCAACGUGCCGAUCGAUCCCUGGGCCAACGGGCAUCACCCCCCAAACACCUGCAAAACCUGGGACGACGAACCACCAGUCAGCCCUUCCGAUCUCCAAAGACUCGUCAACCUCGCACAGCCUACUGGGAUCACCAAACCUCGUGUGUUUCGGGCGCACAACCAAACAAUCACCAGAUUCGUUCAGGAACAGGAAAGCCGACCUGAAGAUCCCGCCUUCAGCUUUCCAGUUGCCAGCUCCACCGCCACUGCCAUUCGAGAGCACUUGGAAGCAAUCAACCUACCUAGCUACGGCUCGAUCCGACCCGACCGACGACCGCCCGUCCGCCUGCCAAAUCGAGUACCAUACCAGCCUGUGACGGGAACAAGAAGAAAAAUGGCGGCAACAACAAAACACUCGUCCCUCGCCGCCUUGGCUUCCCUCUCCCUCCUUCUCUUCUCCCCGGUUUCUGUCUCGGGACAGCAAGUUCCUGGUCUAGAAUGCCUGCACAUGCGCAGCCACGAGCUGGCCGUCAUGGCCGCCUGCGGUGAUGAGGGCGCUCUCAACCACUACUUCUCCACGUUCCCCACCACCUUGUCGUCUGGCGACCCCGACUAUCUCAAGACCCUGACGAAAUGCUACAUCGAUUCCGGCUGCAACGAGGACGAAACCCCCGCGCAGAUCGCCGACGCCGCCAAGCGCUGCUCCGGAGGGCCCGCCGCCCACCCUCAUCAUCAGCUGGGCUCUCGCUCCGAGAAGGGUGCCUUCUACAACCACCGCCUGCGCAUUCCCGUCGUUCCCGCCAAGCCAGCGUCCAUCGCCGUCGCCCGCGCCGCCGUCACUGAUGCGCCCGUCGUCGAGCCCGAUGUCGCCCUCAUGAAGACCAAGAUCACCGCCCCAGCCAUCCUGCCCCGCGCCGAUGAGACGACCGAAACCCGUGCCGUUGCCGGCACCGAGCGGCCCUCGUCGCCCUUGAUCUGCCUGACCAAGUCCGACAAGUCGAUCCAGUCGUGCCCGACCCAAUCCACUGGCACCGCCGCGGGCAAGUUGCUGCCCUGCUUCGAGACCUCGGUGCCCGUCGAUGUGUGCGUCGAGGGCCUGAUCUGCCAAAACGCGAGCGGCCAGGGCAUCAGCUGCAUGUACAAGCAGUCCGGUCUUGAAACGGCCGGCAUCGUCAUGGCCAUCUACUUCGCCGCCACCAUCGGUUUGGCUGUCUGCGGCCUGUGCUUCUUCUGCUGCCGCGAGCGCCGCACCAUGAAGAAGCUCGAGCGCGCGGCCGAGGCGGCCAAGAUUGCGAAGGAGGCCAAGUCUAGCGCCAUGGCCGCCAAGAAGCGCACCUCUACCGCCCCCGCCCUCGACCAGCACCAGCAGGAGCAGGAGCACAUGUUGGAGCAGCCGCUGAUGGGCGGUAACGGGGGUUACAUGGGUGGUGGUGGAUAUCAGGGUGUCCCCCUGAACAACGAGUAUGAUGAUGUCCCGGCCCCGCCGCCGCAUAUGGCUGAUACGGGAUAUGGUGGUGCGGCGGGAGUUAGGAGCGGAAGCCCGACGGGCGGAGCGCCCAACCCGUUCUCGGAUCAUAAUGAGGGACACCCUGCCUUGAGGUGAUCAGUCCAUUAGGAGGUUGUGAGAGUUUCAGUGUUGGGGUUGUUGGAUGAAAGCAAAUGUUUUGGUCAUCUGCUGUUGGACAAGUCAGGCUGCUGUGAUUAGUCUUUUGUUGGAGUCGGUGUCGGAAUGGACGAAGAGGGGGUGAUUGAAUGAAAGACAAAGGUGCCUUUUUUGCAAAGUCUCGCUGUUGGCGGCGACUGGGUACAGGUAGUGAAUGUGUUGCAUUGUGUGGUGUAGGUAGUAGUAAUGGAUAAAGAACGAAUGGACGGGACAAGGGGGUUGUGGCGUUCUUACAGGUCCGGCGGACUUUCGAUUUUCCAUUUCAUGGAAGCGCCGCCACCGAGCGGAAGCAUGGGCUGCUUUUUCGUGGAAAAUAUCAUUCGUCACGUUAGCAUGCUUAAACUUUCAUGAUCUUGAAUAGCCUGGUGUUGCAGUUCUCGAGCCAUUUGCUUCGUCAUGGGCACAUUGGAGCGUGAGCGUGUUCUGGUGAUCCGCCGUAUCUGAUCGGCGCAAGUAUCGGUGGUUUGGGUACUGUAUCUGGUUGUCGUGGAUGAUUCGAUUCUCGCAUCAUUUCCACCGAAACGGAAAUGCCGGUGAAGAGCCUCCAUGCAUGUGCAUGGACUGCAGAGUGCGUUGCAUCUAUCUUCUUUACCGCUCUCAAAGUGCAUGCUUUUGUGUACUUGGGGUCUACAUAGCCACGCCGCCGGUCUCGUCGUCGUUGCCUCGGGCAUAGAAACGGUAGCAUAAACC